CACCCCGCGGCAGUGCCUCCCGAACCCUCCCAGAGAUGGGACGCUCGCUCGCCGCCCUACCGUCUACCACGACCACGACACGAGCUUACACUCAAACACAUAGAUGAAUUCGAUGACAACUACCACUCAUGUGAAUGCCAAGAUGACUCUUUUUAUACGUUUAUAUUGUGUCAUAUGGAUAGCGCUAUUGACUUCAUGCAGCAGCACGACAGGUCGGGAAUUACCUACCGGGCAAAAUGUAGUGUCAGUAGCGCCUAUAGAAGUUCCCGACGAAUCCAUGUAUCCGAGGUUCGCCGAGCCAAUUCCGAACGUCACGGUGACAGUAGGCAGAGACGCCUUGCUCGCCUGUGUCGUCGAUAACUUACGAGGGUUUAAGGUGGCAUGGGUCCGAAUGGACACGCAGACGAUUCUGAGCAUCCACCACAACAUCAUCACGCAGAACCCGCGCAUCAGCCUGUCGUACAACGACCACCGCUCGUGGUACCUGCACAUCAAGAGCGUGCAGGAGGUGGACCGCGGCUGGUACAUGUGCCAGGUCAACACCGACCCCAUGCGCUCCAGGAAGGGAUACCUGCAGGUAGUUGUGCCGCCAUCAAUCAUCGACAACAUGACAUCGACGGACAUGGUGGUGCGUGAGGGCUCCGACGUGACCUUGGUGUGUCGCGCCAGCGGCUACCCCGAGCCCUACGUCAUGUGGCGCCGCGAAGAUGGCCAGGACUUCAAUUAUAAUGGAGAAUCAGUAAGCGUUGUGGACGGAGAAACCCUAACCAUAGCCAAGGUGUCUCGACUCCACAUGGGGGCGUAUCUAUGUAUAGCAUCGAACGGGGUGCCGCCGUCCAUAAGCAAGCGAAUUAUGCUAAUGGUGCAAUUUCCACCGAUGUUAUCAAUACCAAACCAGUUGGAAGGAGCAUACAUAGGUCAAGAUGUUACCCUGGAGUGUCACACCGAAGCAUACCCCUCCUCAAUAAACUACUGGACCACCGACCGGGGAGAUAUGAUCAUAUCUGAAAUGGAAAUUAUAGGUGGCAAGUACGAAGCUUUUCCCAUGGACAGCGGCUACAACAAGUUCAUGAUGCUCAAGAUAAGAAACAUUACCAAGGAAGAUUUUGGCUUCUACAAGUGUAUAGCCAAGAAUUCUCUAGGAGAGACUGACGGCAUUAUUAAAUUGGACGAAAUACCGGCGCCACCUUCAGCGUUUUCCACGACGCCAAAAGUAAUUUUGGACAACCAAACAUUCAAGAAAAAAGGACGUCAAGAAAACUCUGCUUCCAAUGAUGCUGUAAGUUCCAACUUUCAAGGAGAAGUCUACGGUGAACAAAUACGGACAUAUGGUUUCGGUGACGAAGAAAGCUCAUCUAAUGUCUGGAGAAGCAGUAUAAUUUACGUAUUUAUUUGUAUUUGUUUCAUUCACCUGAUGAACACAUUAAGAAAUUGUAAACUGUCUUGAUGAUUCAUUUGUACUUAAACAGCUAUAACUAUAACUUUCACAUUAUUAAAUUAACCGUAAAAAUCUUUGUCUCUUUUCUCGUGAGCUGAACAGACAAUAAGUACGUAUUGUAUUUCGUUAAUUUAUACUUAUGGUACACAGUUACACUUUGUUUUCGAUAUACCUAUACCUAAAUUGGAUACGUGCGUAUCAAUAUUUCAGGAUGUCCAUUGAAAGUUUAAAGGAGCUCUGGGAUGCUGCUGUAAUAACAUUUAUCUAAUUAACAUAUUCAACACACACCUUUUUCCAGUUUUGAUCUUAAUUUAAACGUAAUGCCGAAUUUUGUACGAUUAAGCUUUAAAAUUCAAUUAAUUUAUUAAUUGAAUAUUUACCUAUUCCACGUUUACGUUUUUUAUAAAUACAGGUUGCCAGCGUCUUCGUUUCCCAGUAGGUAGUCCUAGUUAACAUCUAUGGUUAACAGUUCAUGCACCUUCCAUUACCUAUUAUUUACCGAGAGAAAGUUUUUAAACAAUCCCUCUAAAAAAUCCUCCACCACGUAUUAUUACCUAUAUGUGUAUACCUAUAUGUGUAAACGUACACACAGUUUUAAAUACUUAAUAAUGAAUGCAAAAUUAUCGCGCCAAAAACAUUUUUCAAACAAAAUGUCCAAAAAUUUAAAAAAAUACAAUGUGUAAGGAGAGAAAAUACCGAAUAGAAUGUGCGCAGAACUACGACCACAAAAGGGUAGCUUUUUAAAACAGUGUGCGAGAUAAAUUCUUAACAUGCUCUUUUCAGAGUUUAUUAAUAGCAGGAAGAAAAACUAACUCUUAUAAAAAAUGGUUUGUGGAAAGCUUAUAUCCAAAAGAUAAACAAAUGCGCUGAACAGAUCAUAAUUUGUAGCAAUUCGAUUAAACAGUGUGCCAAAGAAGUUUGUCCUCGUUCUGCACACCACAUUCCGUGUAGGCCAUUGAAAUUUAAACGAAGU